CUCCUUUCUAAGGCAUACCGGUAGUUCCUAGAUAACCAGAAGACAACAACGCUGUCUGCUGUAUGUUUAAAUCGCUAAUCUCAGUGUUUAUAUAACCAUUAUUGUCACUAAAGCUUAUACUUCAUUCCGGGAAAUAUGUCAGUAACCCCAGAUUUGAUUCGUGAAAAGCUGAUCGCGGAGAUUGGUGCUAUACACGUGGAUGUAGAAGACACGUCUCCUAACAGAUGUGCAGCCAGUUUUAAAGUUCUUGUAGUGUCUCCUCAGUUUGAGGGGAAACCAUUGUUGCAGAGACACAGGAUGGUGAAUAAUUGUCUUGCCGAGGAACUGAAAGAGAUCCAUGCGUUUGAGCAGAAAACAUUGACACCAGAACAGUGGGAGAAACAGAAAGCACAGUGACGCAUGCACACACACACGUACUCAAAAUUAAUUUAUGCAGCCAUCAAAUAAAACAGCAGUGAUAUA